AUGUCAGCGAUUCAAGACGACGUGAGCAACUCGCUAAAAACAAUAGUUGCUGAGAAGUUAAAGACAGUACAAAACUUUAACGAAGAUGUGAAUUAUGUUGCUGAAUAUAUUGUAUUACUAUUUUCGAAUGGUGGGACUUACGAGUCGGUGCUGCAAGAACUGGUUGGUUUAUUUGAUUCUGUUCCACAAGAUGCCCUAGCAGAUGUUGUUCAAACAUCCUCUCAUGCUAUGCAGCUAUUACAACGUGGUGAUAGUGUCGAGACGGUUUAUCAAAAACUUACUGGUGGUAUUAAUGGAGAUUCGGAGAGGGAGGCAGUUUCUCCUAUAAUGGAUGUAAUGUCAGCGUCAGUUCCUUCCGAACAAAGUAUGUCUACGGUGGCCACUAGCGCUCCGAAGUCCGCUUUUGAAGGUAUGGUAGAUCUCUCCAUGUCAAAAUACUCUAAGCAAGCCCCAGCAAGCGGUCGUGGGGGUUCUGGGAUGAAACAGCGCGGGGGACGUCACGGUGCGAUUGGCAAAGCGCAGAAUGGUACACGAAGAGUUGCACCACAAGCAGGCACCAACAAGCACAGAACAAAUGCUCUGGCACGAGCACUCGGUAUGGAUAAUGAAUCUGAAGGCGCAAAUAAUGUAAAUCUUAACGUCAUUCCUAAAAAAGACGGACGUUGUAAACUGUUUCCCCGUUGUCCGCUGGGGAAGUUUUGCCCCCAUGCCCAUCCCACUAAGGUAUGCCGUGAUUACCCGAACUGUACCAACCCACCUAACACAUGUGAAUUUUUGCAUCCAAACGAGGAUGUGGAAUUGAUGAAGGAGAUAGAGAAGACAAGGGAGGAAUUUAGAGAGAAGAGACUGGCCCUAGCACAAAGUAAGGCCAAACCAAUACAGACGGGUAUUGUGCUAUGUAAGUUUGGUAUACUCUGUUCGAACCCCAUGUGUCCAUUUGGUCAUCCAACUCCAGCUAACGAGGAGGCGAAGGUUAUUCAGUUUAUCUGGUGUCCACAGAACCUUUCUUGUGAAAUGAAGGACUGUGACAAAGCUCACUCGUCGCUUUCUAAAAUCAAACAAGUGCAGCCGAUGGCAUCUAUUGCUAGGCCUAAACCCUCGCCUGCGCCCGUUGAGAAAUCUUUGGAACAGUGCAAGUUUGGUAUGAAGUGUACCAACAAACGUUGCAGGUACAGGCACGCACGUUCACAUAUCAUGUGUCGGGACGGCAGCACUUGUACAAGGAUUGACUGCUUCUUUGGUCAUCCUAUUAAUGAAGCUUGUAAGUUUGGCCUAGAAUGUAAGAACAUUUACUGUUUAUUUCAACAUCCAGAGGGUAGGGUGCUACCUGAGAAACCCUCAUCUGCUCCUGGAAAUGCCGAGAACAGUAACAAUAACUGGGCUGGUUCUGCAGUUGCAGGUAAUAACCAGUGUGUGAACGAAAGGCCGUACGCUGUACCGGAGUCUACAGGGAUAGAGCAGGCCCCAAUACAAGAAUCGGAUGGUGAUGCUACAAUGACAUGA